UACGUCAUCAUGGCGAUCCCGUUACCUAUUCAGCUAAAAGUGCACUACGAACCGCCACUGCCAUCGCUGCGCAACCAGCUCAUACAGCGUACGCCGGUCGGCUCGGUGUGCAAGAUGCACAUCUACUAUGCCAAGCCCUUCUGGAGGGAAAUAGGUUACAGUGGAAUGGUAUCCUGUAGCGACGACGAACUGGCUUUCACCCAUAGCACGGAUGACUGCAAACCUGGAUCCUCGCUUGCGGCUCUUACAAUAUUCGCCAUUGGUGACAAGGCCUUGAGACUACUGGAAUUACCCAAGCACAUCAGGCCCAAAGUCAUAUCUGCAGAUUUGGCGAGAGCCUUCGAACAUGAAGCGGCCUACAACCCUGUGCACUUCGAAGAGAAGAACUGGCUCGAGGAGCAGUACUCGGGCGGCUGUUACGUGUCCACGUUCCCGACAGGGGUCAUGAGCAAAUACGGAAAGACCCUGCGGGAGCCGUUCGGCCUGGUGUACUUCGCGGGCACGGAGACGGCAACCUCGUGGCCUGGCUACAUGAACGGUGCUGUGCAGGCUGGAGAGAGGGCUGCCAGGGAGGUCCUUUGUGCGAUGAAAAUGAUACGAAAAGACCAGAUCUGGGUGGAAGAACCGGAAUUCAAGGGUGCGAAAGCGCGGCCGUUCGAGUUGUCCUUCCUGGAGCGGCACCCUCCUCACGUGCUGCUCGUCGCCGCCACAGGAGCCCUCGCCGCGUCCGGCGUCGCUUGUGUGGUGGCCUACGGUGUCUGGAAGGCAGUCAACGCCGUGCGGGGGUCAUAGACCGGCUUAGAGGGCAUUUAGCAAAGAAGCACCUUCGUGACACAUGGCAGACCAUGGGAGCCUUAUCACCACCGGACCAGAUGGCGAAUUCACCGGCAAAUAACUUCGUCUUUGUUGCCUCCUCGGUGCCAGUCAGAUAUGCGACGUUACUUCGAUAGUGGUCGAUGCUGCAUGCUUGGCGAGUGAGGCACUUUCGAAACAGUAUACACGUACACAGUUAUGGCAGACUGCAAAUCUUGCACUAGUACACCAUUUGCGGAAAAGGCUCGACAGCAACGCACUCGCGCACCACCUUGUGUCCGACUCUUCUGCGCAUGCACAAUGGCACCACUUCAGUGACGCACUUGUAGGUAUGCCACACGGUACUGGAUUGGCGUUCUGUUACAGCUCAGUAAUAGUACAGUUGUUGCAGUAGAGGAAUAUGGCUCUCCAUACGGCUGUAUCGACUGGGGACGGUUCUGCUCUAAUGGAUGAGAGACAUGGCGUACC